AUGCAUCUGAUAAUAACGCUAAUGCAUGUUAUUCUUAUAUUUGGUAAUGAUGUCGAAGCAACAUCGUUGAAAAAUCAUUUUCAAUCUUUCAUUAAAACCGUGGCUACUGUUUACCAUUCAAAUUGGCGUCAAAAUUUUCUGGCAAAAAAUCCCUUUGUUAAAAAUCGUUUUAAAUUAACAAAUACGGUUACACAUUAUAAUUCGUCUGAUUUUCAAUAUCCAAUGAUUCUUACUGUUGGAUCAUGUCUUGUCCAUAGAAAUCUUAAAGUAGCUCGAGCUCGUUAUAAUCUAUCACAGAUUUAUGUUGAUAUAUUAAAUAUGAACUAUGAUGAAUUACCUUCAGAUUGGGCUUAUGAAAAUCGAGCAACAGCACGUGUAGCCUGCAAACGUGUUUUACGACGUGUUCGUCGUAAAAGUUUAUUUGAUGAAAAUUUUAUCGAAGAAACAUCCGAAAUUGUACAUAUCGAAUGGAUGAAACGUAAUGUACAUCGGUCACAACAAGAAUUAAUGGUACCUUAUGUUAAUUUAACUGAUGUAGAAAAAGAUAAAGAUCGACAAGCUGUAUUGAUUGCCUGUCGUUUGUAUAAUGACCAUUAUUUAUAUUAUAUAUUUAAUACAACUCCAAUUCAUUUUAGUGGACAUAUUUUUGAAUAG